UAUUCUUCCUUUCUUCUCGCUUUUUCUUUUUCUCUUUUGUUGGGGUCUGCAUGGACGUCGAGAAAUCCUUGUUCGUCAACACAAGGCGUUGUGGUUUAACCAGAGCUUCAUGGGCAGUUCUAUUGCUGGUAUUCACAGUUAUCGCCGUUUCAUGGUUCCAGAUAACCACAGAAACUGUUUUCCCGAUAUGGAUGGUUUUGGGUUCAGAGAAAACCGAUAUUCCGGCGGACCCACGAAGCUGUUCUGGGUUUUUCCGGCAAGGACCGCCGCGACAGGUCGUUAAGUCGUUAAGCGAUUUUGGUGGUGUUGGUGAUGGUAAAACUUCAAAUACCGAGGUGUUUCGGAGGGCGAUACGAUACAUGGCGCGUUUCGGAGAGAAAGGUGGAUCGCAGCUUAACGUCCCUAAAGGGAGAUGGGUUACUGGCAAUUUCAAUCUCACCAGCAACUUCACGCUUUUUCUUGAAGAGGGUUCUGUGAUUUUAGGUUCUCAGAAUCCAAAGGAGUGGCCUGUAAUAGAGCCAUUGCCGUCUUAUGGACGAGGGAGAGAGAGAUUGGGAGGGAGACACAUUAGCCUCAUUCAUGGAGAUGCUCUUACUGAUGUUAUCGUCACAGGAAAAAAUGGGACAAUUGAUGGUCAAGGGAAGAUGUGGUGGGACCUGUGGUGGAACAGAUCACUUGAGUACACUAGGGGUCACCUCCUUGAACUAAUGAACUCUCACAACAUUCUCAUCUCCAACCUCACUUUACUUAACUCUCCCUUUUGGACAAUCCAUCCUGUUUACUGCAGUAACGUUGUAAUCAAAGGAAUGACUAUAUUGGCCCCCCUUAAUUCCCCAAAUACAGACGGUAUAGACCCAGAUUCAAGCGAAAAUGUAUGUAUUGAAGACUGUUACAUUGAGAGUGGGGAUGAUCUUGUAGCGGUAAAGAGUGGUUGGGACCAAUAUGGUAUUGCCAUGGCCCGUCCAAGCAAAGACAUCAUAGUGAGGAGGGUAUCUGGCACAACUCCUACUUGCUCUGGGGUUGGAAUUGGUAGUGAGAUGUCUGGUGGGAUAUCAAAUAUAACCGUGGAAGAUUUGCAUGUCAGAGAUUCAGCAGCCGGGGUACGUGUAAAGACUGAUAAGGGAAGAGGAGGAUAUAUAAGCAACAUAAUCAUAAUUAAUAUAACCAUGGAGAGAGUGAAGAUACCCAUAAGAUUCAGUAGAGGCUCAAAUGACCACCCAGAUGACAGAUGGGACCCUAAUGCCCUUCCCACAGUGAAGGGAAUUUUCAUUAGUAAUGUGGUCAGCGUAGACACAAGGAAAGCACCAGUUUUAGAGGGCAUUGAGAAUGCUCCAUUUGAAGGAAUAUGCAUGAGAAAUGUUACUUUAUCUGGAUUACCUUCAUCUGCAACAUGGCACUGUGAAUUUGUCAAAGGUGAUGUGGUCGACGUACAUCCAAUGCCAUGUCCACAGCUUCAGACUAAUGACUCUUUAUUCAGCUGUCCACACUCUUGAGCUUCAAUUAAUCAUGUAAUGGCCUAGCAUUUUGAGAGGUUAAGGGACUUGGUUUGAAGUGGUCCAGGUGACUUAGCCUACACUGAGAACCUGGGUAUCAACGAAUUUAAGUGAUGCAUAGUUGAGCAGGAUCAGAUUGGAGUGUGUAGGUGAUCGGAGAAGAUUGAUGUAUAUUAGCUUGCAUGCCUACAGUUCAACAUUCCAUGAGAGUUCAGUAUGAUCUCCCUUGCUUCACCCUGUACUUGGAUUGAGUUCUACAGGAGAGGUCUAUAUCUCUCAAUGAUUGGAAUCUACCACCAGAUUGCCGGGUUGCUAUACCAAAGAUUGUUAACAGGAACUGGCUUUCACUCCCCCUGUUUUUGAGAUGUAUGAAGUGGGGUUUAUAACCCCCCCCCCCCAACAGCUUUUUAUAGAAAACCAUGUACAUGAAAAAUUGGAACAGUUAAUCAAAUUUAUUCAUGAGAUUUUUUCCCCU